AUGUCCCAACGACCUAUCAAGACAGCAAGGUCAUACGGGGUCAAACGGUUAUUAAAACGACUCAUCAACACAGCAAGGUCAUAUGGGGUCAAAAGGUUGUCUAAACGACUCAUCAACACAGCAAGGUCAUAUGGGGUCAAACGGAUGUCUAAACGACUCAUCAACACAGUAAGACUGGGCGUCGCCGGAAUCCAUGUUGGUGUCAUUCUACAGGGAAGUAUGCUCUACUGCACGUGGAAAGGUGACGUCACUGACGGGGGAUACACUGCCAUACUACAAAGUACAACAUCUGACUCUGAUAUCAGCGACGCUGAACGUGAUGCUGUGACGUUAGAGUUUCCGCCAAUGACGUGUGAUGGAGAUGGCGAUGUAAACAGGGGCGAUAACUCACAGACUUCUGAGCAAGAUUUGGGCGAUUCCUACGCCGCUGUCCCUUCACCAAGUACCUCUGUGAUGUACAAUACUGGUCAAAAACAGCUGUUCAGGUACACAUACUGCGACAGUCCAGCAGAUACGUCGUCAGAACAGGACUUAGAGUGGGACUUUGAAUGCCCAGUGGCUUCUAAAGUUAAAACACCCAUACCGUCACCACUGAAAGUCACUCAGAUGAAUAAGGGAUCUUUAAAAAGCUUAUCGUCCCUGGAAUCCAAUUCCGGUUAUGAGAAAGUAGUUGACUGGUUCAAGCGUGCUCAAGACUCAGAUUGUAUGCUGUAUGGAAGCAAUGAGACGAAUUCGAGCUAUUCCUAUACGUCAUGA